CCGUAAAGGCAGAUUCCACAGAGAAUGUUGACGUCUGGGAUCCGCCUCUAGAAGAAGUACUUGCAAUUAAAACAGAUGUUGCUGGCUCUGAAGUUCAAGAUGCUUCAAAAUCAUCUUAUGUCACAAAAUUGGUUUCUGUGCACAUCUGUAAUGUAGUGACUCCAGAGAAGAUUUAUUUUCGAUGGCUUGAAGCAGAGACAGUGUUUCAAAGGUUACAGGAAGAGAUGGCUGCUGCCUAUGAAAACUCAAAGCCAGAACAGGUUCCUUGGAACAACAAUAUGAAGUGUGCUGUUUGGAUACCUGAGCUGAAACAGUGGCGGAGAGGUCAAAUUACCAAUGUAAUUUCAGAAGUUUUGGUGGAGGUUGUGCAGUAUGACUUUGGAAUUAAAGUAGAGGUGAAUGUUGCUUAUCUAAGAAAGCUGAAAGGAUAUCUGAUGAAAUUGGAGGAAUUUGCUUUUGAGUGCUCCCUGGUUGAUAUCAGGCCAACCAGUCAGGAUGACAGAUGGACAGCAGCAGCCUGCAGCUAUCUUGCAUUUUGCCUAAGUGAAACUGUAGUGAAAAUCAUCAUUCAGAAAAAUCACAAAACCCCAAUACCGGUGAGAAUUUUAUGCCAUGGUGAAACAGGAUGUGUUGAUGUUUCUGUAGCUCUCAUAGAAAAAGGCUUGGCUGCGAGAGAGAACAGCUUUUACAAAGUUGACAGAUCAGAUUCAGCCUCUGAGACGAGUCUUAAAAUUUCACUGAAACCAAAGAGUCCAGAAGUAACCACUGGGCCCAAGAAAUGUUGCCAACUGGAGAAAAAAGGGCCUGAUUCCGUCACUAAACAUAAAGAGUUCAAACCAGUCGCUGAGCCAGAAACAUUUGAAAUCUUCAAGCCGCCGAUUAUUCCCAGCGAGAAAGCCUUUGACGCAGUAGUAAGCUGGGUUGCAGAUGAUGGAACAAUCUAUGUGAUCCCCAAGUUACGAGAAUGUGAAUUCACUACCUUGAUGCAGAAACUACAAGGUUUCUUUUCGGGUUUUGGACAUCUGUCCCCAUACCCUUGGAAAAAAGGAGAGGCCAGUGUGGUAAAAGGAUCAGAUUCUCUAUGGUAUCGCAGUAUCAUUUUGGAAAUUUUGAACAAUCGUGUCAAGGUGCAGUAUGUAGAUCUUGGCUAUGUUCAGCUCAUCCUUCCGUGUUAUCUCUAUCCAGUUGAGUGCUAUCUUGAAGUUCCCCGGUUUUGCAUACCGUGUCAAUUACAUAACACCUUUCCUGUUGGAAACGUCUGGCAGCCAGAUGCGGUGGAACUCCUUCGAGACCUACUACUGCCUAGGAAGGAAGUGAAGAUUCAUAUGAUGAAAUCUCCAGAGCAUCCAGGAGGAAAAUUAUCUGUUCAUCUCUAUUUGGGCGGGAUAUCACUGUCUUUUGUUAUGGCACAACAUAAAUACUGCACUUCUGAAAGCUGGGAGGAUCUGGUGAAGUUGGCACUUCCAUUUGGACGACCUUCCGAGGGCUUAACAGUCACUAAACUACCUCUGCGAGCUCAAUGUCAGGAAAUUUUUCAGCCUGAAACAACGAUCCCAGUUUUGCCACAGUACUCUGUCCUGUCUCUGCCUCCUCCAGGAAACCUUUUUCCCAUUCAAGUUAGGCACCUUAUCUUACCUAAUGAGGUUUAUAUCCGCCUCGGCCAAGAAGCUGGUUCGAGCCCCUUGAGUGACACAGAUGAAAGUGCAAUCGUCUGGAAAGCGGAGAGCCUGGAUCGAGUGCUGCAGCACUGGAAGGAUAGUGUGACAUCCCUUCUUCUCCUGACCGGCAUGAAGACGGGCAUGCCUUGCCUGGCACAAACUCAUGAUGACUUGUGGAGUAGAGAAAUAAUCAUUUCCAUUAACAAACUGGAUCCUCUCUCAGUUUUGGUGCAGUUCGUUGACUCUGGGACAUAUCAGAAAUUGCCACCAAGCAGGUUACGUCAGAUACCCGAUGACCUUAUGCGGGAUCCAGCACAGGCUGUCAAAGUUACUUUGGCCGGGUUUAGACCGCCAAAAAAGGAUUUAGAAAAAAUACGGAUUCCUUAUUAUCCCAACUGGAGCCUGGAAGCAAUAUGGGCUAUGAUAGAGUGUCUUCGGGACAAACGACUUCAUGCUCUCACUUUGGGGUUCUAGUAAAAGCCGUGGAAUUUGGGGAGAAGAGCAGAAGAGUGAUGCAUAGAACGGAUUUGUGAUAUGCUAAGUUUUAUGUAAUAUGAGGUGUCAUCCAAAGCAAAUGUAUGUUGGGUUUGGAACUAUUUUCAGAUGCUGAAAAAAGAGUAUUACAAUAAAAUUCGCUUCUGA